AUGCUGCGGUCGUUGUCGGAUAUGACGCCGAAGAUGAGGUUUCGCAGGCUGAAACGCCGGAAUUUUGGGCCGUCAGAGGUUUUAAGGUGGGUUUUGGCGAAUUUAGGGCUUGAGAUGAGGAGAAGCCAUGGUUUGCAGACGGACUUGAACCUGAGGAGGGAUUUGACCGGCAGCAGGAGGAUCUCGGUGAUGAUUUCUUCCGGGAGAAUUGCGGCGGCGGUCUCCGGGUUGUCAUUCUCCAUGGCUGCCCUCUUCAGUUUUUGCCGGCGUAGGGAUUAUCAGGGAUUAACAAACACAACCAAUUCAUGGGUCGAAGCUCAGAAAAACAAAUAUCCUAGAACAGAACAUGCUGAAGAGUGA